AUGGCUCUUAUACUAAGAAUGUCAGUAACCAACGGCCUUGUUGCUGCGGUAGGGUGGUCUAUGGAUGCAACAUUCCAAAGGGACAGACGACCAAAGGCCCGCCCUUGCGCCGCAGACGAUGAUGAUUCGGUGGGCGAAUCCCAGGGAAUAACAAGGGAACAGACGAAGGAGGGACUAGCUGCGCAAGGCGCCGCUAUCUGGCGUCGCUCUGAAGGUCGCGAUAGUCGGCAGGACGGGGCAGUCUGGAGAGAGAAGAAAACAAAUUGGUGGUGGGCAAAAACAAAAACAACGACUCACCUGAUGAGAGGCUGUCAGCGCAGCAAACAAACAAUGCGCAACACACAGCGGGAAGCAGCCAAUUGGCUUAUUUUGACCGAGGGCGGGUUGUUUGGGAGACGAGCGACCGUCGCCCAGCCUGCCAAAAACAGAACAGCGCUAAGCGGCGCUAGUAGAGCUCGGGAAAAUAGCUACAGCCACACAGAGCCAGGCGGUCUUUAG